AUCGCGGGCGAGCGCGGCGGCGGGACGUCCACGGUGGCCGCGGCCCCGGCGGCGGCCGGCGACAAUCGGCGUGGGGAAGCAGCGGCGGCCACAGCGGCAGCCGCCUCUCCGCCACCGGGACGCCGAGGCGCGGCUGGCGGCGCUGACAUCCACGGCCCUGCCUCUCCUCUCUCGCCCCCGGCCCUCCCCAUGUGAUCGGUCUUAAUCCCGAUCGUGUGCGCGUGUGGGGGCUCCAUUGCGCGGCGCCCGGUGUCGGUGCCGGGGUGGGUGCUCGCGUGCGCUUCUCCUCCCCAUCCCCCGCCCCGUCCCCAAGAAUAAAAGAAGAACCGGGAGGCGUGCUCAGAAAAUAAAUAAAUAACCAGCACACACGCGCAGCCCGGAGCGAGGCGGCGGGGCUGGCGGCGGCGGAGGAGGAGUGAAGGCGGCGGCGGCGGAGGAGGGACGCUCGGAGCCGGCAGUAACUUUCGAGCCAGCCCAGAGCCCGGAGCUCCAGCCGAGCGGUUUGCAGCGCGGCGGCGGCGGCGCUGAGUGUCUAGCCCGCCGGUGCGGUCGGGGUGUGCAGUCGGACGGGACGAGCAGCGCGUCGCUGUCCCCCCCCUCCCGGCCGCUGGAGAUGUCCGAGCCCAAGGCGAUUGAUCCCAAGUUGUCGACGACCGACAGGGUAGUGAAAGCUGUUCCGUUUCCGCCAAGUCACCGGCUGACAGCGAAGGAAGUGUUUGAUAAUGAUGGGAAGCCGCGUGUGGAUAUCUUAAAAGCACAUCUCAUGAAGGAGGGCAGGCUGGAAGAAAGUGUCGCCUUGAGAAUAAUCACAGAGGGUGCUUCGAUUCUUCGACAGGAAAAGAACUUGCUGGAUAUUGAUGCCCCAGUCACAGUUUGUGGGGACAUCCAUGGACAGUUCUUUGACUUGAUGAAGCUCUUUGAAGUGGGAGGAUCCCCUGCCAACACUCGCUACCUCUUCUUAGGGGACUAUGUUGACAGAGGGUACUUCAGUAUCGAAUGUGUGCUGUAUUUGUGGGCCUUGAAAAUUCUUUACCCCAAAACACUGUUUUUACUUCGUGGAAAUCAUGAAUGUAGACAUCUAACAGAGUAUUUCACAUUUAAACAAGAAUGUAAAAUAAAGUAUUCAGAACGAGUUUAUGAUGCCUGUAUGGAUGCCUUCGACUGCCUUCCCCUGGCCGCACUGAUGAACCAGCAGUUCCUGUGUGUCCAUGGUGGUUUGUCCCCAGAGAUUAACACUCUAGAUGACAUCAGAAAAUUAGACCGAUUCAAAGAACCACCUGCUUACGGGCCCAUGUGUGACAUCCUGUGGUCGGACCCCCUGGAGGACUUCGGGAAUGAGAAGACUCAGGAACAUUUCACUCACAAUACAGUCAGGGGGUGUUCGUAUUUCUACAGUUACCCGGCUGUCUGUGACUUCCUGCAGCACAAUAACCUGUUGUCCAUCCUCCGAGCCCACGAAGCCCAGGACGCGGGGUCCCGCAUGUACAGGAAAAGCCACAACAAAGGCUCCCCUUCUCUGAUUACAAUUUUUCUCAGCACCAAAUUACUUAGAUGGUACAAUAACAAAGCUGCAGUGUUGAAGUACGAGAACAAUGUGAUGAACAUCAGGCAGUUCAACUGUUCUCCCCACCCAUACUGGCUCCCGAAUUUCAUGGAUGUCUUCACCUGGUCGCUGCCAUUUGUUGGGGAGAAAGUCACUGAGAUGCUGGUGAAUGUCCUCAACAUCUGCUCAGACGAUGAGCUGGGGUCAGAGGAAGAUGGAUUUGACGGAGCCACGGCCGCAGCCCGGAAGGAGGUCAUCAGGAACAAGAUCCGAGCAAUAGGCAAAAUGGCCAGAGUGUUCUCAGUUCUCAGAGAGGAGAGUGAGAGUGUUCUGACCCUGAAGGGCCUGACCCCGACAGGCAUGCUCCCCAGCGGAGUGCUUUCCGGAGGGAAACAGACCCUGCAAAGCGCUAUCAAAGGAUUUUCACCACAACAUAAGAUCACUAGCUUCGAGGAGGCGAAGGGCUUAGACCGAAUUAACGAGAGGAUGCCGCCUCGCAGAGAUGCCAUGCCCUCCGACGCCAACCUUAACUCCAUCAACAAGGCUCUCGCCUCAGAGACUAACGGCACGGACAGCAACGGCAGUAAUAGCAGCAAUAUUCAGUGACCACUUCCUGUUCACUUUUUUUUUUUUUUUUGAGCUGCAGGUCAUGAUGGGAUUGCUGCAUCUCAGCAGUUGGAUGUUCUUGCCUCUGACGGUAGCUUGUUUGCUCUGGGGGCCAGGAAUUGGAUUCAGUUUACACUAUCAUGAAAUAAAAAAAAAAGAGGGAGAGAGAUAAUAAACUAUAUUUUGGUGAGGGUGGUGAUUAAACACCUCUUUUGGGUAUGCCUUUAAAAAAUGCUUCUAGGAAAAAAGGUUUUAAAAAGAAAGCUAAUGCUAGUCCAUACUGCAAUGUUAGGGAAAUGAACGUGUUUUCCUACUACACUGGGGACUUCUAGAUAGGUUAAUGAAAGGCCUUUUACUCUGUUACUGGACACGAAAACUUUGUCUAAUUUCUUAUACUCUAUUGUACGUUUACAGUGCAGCACUAAAAAUGGAUGACAUCAAACAUUUUUAACGACAAAAAAAAUGAUGUACAAACUAAAUAAGGACUAUUUAUUGAUAAGGUUUUGCUACUUUCGUCAGACAAUGGCUAGAAACUGAAUUAGGCAGUCUUUAAAAAAAAAACCUGGAAAAAAAAAAGAAUGUUGCAAAUUUGUUAAAAUGCCAAAAAAGGACAGUUUAAUUUUGUAUAGCUCGUGCUUACCUCAGGUUCCUUUAGUUUGCUUGAAUGCCCUUCUUUCCGUAGAGCACUUAUUAAUUUGGCAGUGAAUACAUUUUCUUUAAGUUUUAAAAAAACUGGAAUAAUUACACCCAUCUUUUUUGCUGUUUAUAUUUAGGGGUUUUGUUGAUAAAUCAAGUCUCGGUUGUGGCUUGCUGAAUUCAAUAUUUAUGAGUGGUGCAUUUUUAAGUAUAGUGAACACGACACCAUAGUGCAGUGACGAAGCAUCUAUAUUCUGUAAAAAACAAAAACAAAAAAAAAUCUGCCUAUGCAUGUUUUUUAAGAAAAAAAAAUAAAAUGGCUGUAUCGGCCUGUAUGGGACUGUAAUGCGCUUAGUGGUCUGACAUAUACUGGAAAUGUAUGUAUACUGGCAUACUUUAUAUUCUCUAAAAUGCUUAAUGCCUUUGAAAUUUUGUAAUCAAAAAAAAGCUUUGAAAAAAUCUAAAGGGGAGAGUAUUCUUAAAAGUUUUUAACAUAAGCUUGUCAGUGCACACAUAGAUGGUUGGCAUGUUUAGCAAACUUUGUGAAAUUUAAAUAAGUUUGUAGUUACAUGUGAAACUCUAAAUGCAUGGUAACCGUUAAUGUCAUAACAAUUUAGUUAUUUUGUUCUGUUCUGUCAUGUGCCACAAAAAAUAUGUACUUUUUUCACUUUUUUUCCCUUUGUAUAUUAGUUACGGGUUACAACUGGUUCAUUCUGAAAACAACAACAACCAACAAAAGUCCAUUCAUAUUUUUUAACAAUUGUAUAAGUGCCCAAGUCAUUCACUACAGCCUAAAGCCUUGCCUUUGUAAUUUGACUUCUGAAAUGUUGGCAGUCAAAGCAUGCACCUGUAACCAUGACAAAGAAAAAGCAUUUUAUAUUACUAUUCAAUAAAAUGUGCAUGAACUUAAA